ACUACGAAGUUUAACAUGUCUAGAAUACAACUCUUAAGGUCGUUUUUCAACCAGAGAUUAGCAGCUGCUGCCGAAGAGAUAUUCGGCGUCGUGGAAAAAACGAUAGCCGAGUAUCAGGACGAAAUGUCCCGCUCGGAAGAGAAGAACAGCCGCCUACAGAAGCUGCUUGAUAUCACUAUUAAACCAGAAAUAAAGUUGUUUAGAGCAGACACCCAGCAGCUCCCAGCCUGUGAAGAACAGGUUCCCUCUGAGCAGCAGGAGUGGAUCCGCAGUCUGGGCCAGGAGGAUCCACAGUCUGGGCCAGGAGGAUCCACAGUCUGGGCCAGGAGGAACCACAGUCUGGGCCAGGAGGAUCCACAACCCGUCCACAUUAAAGAGGAACAGCAGGAACUUUGGACCAGUCUGGGGGAAGGUCGGGAGUCUGACACCACAGAGUUCAUAUUCACUUCUGCUUGUCUGCAGAGUGACUGUAAUCAGGACCCACCUCAGCMCUCACAUCUCUACCAGACCCAGAGUACCAGCACCUCGUAUGAACCGUUGAAAAGAGAAACUAGAGAAGAGCAUCAACUAUUAGAGACACCCAGGGCUUCUCAGCCCGUCUCUGCAGUGAAGUCGAUCCGUCCUAGUUCUCCCUCUAAGAGUCGCUGUAAGGUGUGCGGGAAGACGUUUCUCAUGAAAAGCUAUUUCUUUAAACAUGUGACAAUGCACACCAAGAUGAGAGAACGUGUCUGUGGGGUGUGUGGAAAACAGGUUGAGUUAGAGGCUGUAAAAGAUCACGUCCAAGCUCACAUUGAUGCUCAGUUCACUUGUCAGUUCUGCAGUAAAUGUUUCACUAAGAGUAAUGCUCUGAGGUUACACAUGAGGAGCCACACAGGGGAGAAGCCUUACCAGUGUUCUGUCUGCUGCAGAGGGUUCGCAGGAGCAACCAAUCUAACCAAUCACAUGAGGAUCCACACGGGGUAUAAACCCCACCGCUGUACUGAGUGCGGACGGUGUUUCUCUGUCCUGGGUCAUCUCCAGACACACAUGAGGAGCCACACGGGGGAGAAGCCCUACCACUGUACUGUCUGCGGUAAAGGGUUUAGUGUGAGCUGCAACCUGACACAGCACAUGAUGAUCCACACAGGGGAGAGACCUUACCACUGUCCUGACUGUCAGAAAGGAUUCAUCACCAUGGUCAGGCUGAGGAGACAUCAGAUCGCUGUUCACAUGCAGGGAGAAAUGUUCUUCUGUAAUGAGCAACAGCUAUAAACAUGCAGAGAGACAGUAGAGCACACAGAGAGACAGAGAUGGCAUGACGAGCCCUGACGUAAGACACACACAGAGAGAGACACUAGCUUCCACCUGUAAGAGGAGACUUCUUGGUGAAUAAGACUUGACUGAACUGCUGGACUUCAGAUUUAACAGAGAAGGUAGUAGAGCGUAWCUUCUGAGCAACAGAAGUCCCUGAUCAUUAGGUAGAACAGGGGUUCUCAGACUGUUUGGGGCCUGGGACCCUUUUUAUGUGAGUAAAUUCAUCAGGGACAUCCUCAUCAGAACACAACUAGAGGGAGAUCAGAAAUAGCAUACAAGGAGUUUUACUGGUGCUUUGCUGCAUUGCUGGACAAACCAAGUCCCUAGGAAGGAACAUUUUAAAGGCAUCACAGAUAGAAAUGACCAGUUUUCAAGCUAAUAUCCUGCAAUUCUAUAGAUUUUGUUCAUGUACUGUCAUCUGUUAUUGACAAUAAAAUAUCUUGUUCCAUACUUGUCAUCUGUUAUUGAGAGUUAAACAUCUUGUUCAUAUACUGUCAUCUGUUAUUGAGAGUUAAACAUCUUGUUCCAAUACUGUCAUCUGUUAUUGAGAGUUAAACAUCUGUUCCAAUACUUCAUCUGUUAUUGAGAUUAAACUCUUGU